GCAGCGCCAGAUCGAAGCCUCCGUUCUCAAGCCAUUUUUCUGCACAUCUGAAACCUUUUGCUCGACUUCUCCCUUGUGUGUGUGCACAGCCUCCAAGAGGACACAAGCAAGUACUUGCAACUUGCUUUCGACUGCGUUAACUACGUGAGACCACUGCCGCGUUGCUUAGCUCAUGUUUAGUGGAAACGGUGUGUGUGAUGAAGCUUAUAGGAACUGGUAAUGUGACGAUCGUUCUUAGGUCAGUAGUGACCUUGCUGAGUCAAUCAAUUCACAAGGUCGUAAAGCAUUGUAGCUGUGACCACCGGAUCAAAGAGCCUGCACAGUACAUUCAUGUACUGUAAGGUGAAUUGCAAGUUGAGUGUACCACCAGCCUCUCCUUUAGUCUCUGCAAAUGGUUCAGCACGUCUGCGAAGUUUUCAGGUCACGUUUCAUGAUCUCCCCUCAGUUGUAGAAGGUCUGCGUUUUUGUUUUUUUGUUUUUUUCAGGGUAGCUUCUGAUUUUUUUAAUGUAUGUCGCCAAGACCUUGUCACGGAAGUCAGUGGUUAUUUCUCAAUUGGUGAAAAGAAACGAAAUUUUUGUAAUUAGUUUGACGAUUUUGAGGAGUGGCAUCCUAAGGCUGUGGUUGGCACCGGCAUUGCAGCCUGCAAUCCUGCCAAUCCUUGCCUGAAUUGCACCGCCCAGAUUUCAGGUUGCGUGUUGAAAGGAGCUCUGGGGAGGAUAUCUGAGAAGAUAUAGUGAGCUCUAGCAGUCGUCUUAGAAUGACUUGAAUGGAUUUGUGAAGAAAAGGAAUUCAGGAGACUAUACAAACCUUUGGGUGGUUGAGUAUUUUAGGCAUUGGAUUAAGAUGGCGGCUCGAUUGGAUGGUGCUAUUGCACCAUUACUGGGGGGGAGUGCCAGAUCCGAGGUAGAUGUGCAAAGAUACUGGGUCAGAAUUGUAGUUGGCGUUGCAACAGUAGUUUCGGUGAUCGUUCUCCUGGCAGCAAGCAACAGCCUGCAGGGAAAACCUGGAAUAAUUACCCCUCAGCUGGCCGGAUUGCAAGUUUUCGAUGCUGCUUGCGGGGUGACUUUCCACCCCGAGACGUGCAUGAAGACGCUGCUGCCGUAUCACCGGGCGCACUCCUCAAAGCCUGAAGAGUUGACUAGAAUCGUGCUUUCAAGUGCUUCCGAGGGAGUGAGGAAUACUUUGACGGCAGUUCGUGCACACAAGGGCAACAAUGGGAUUGGGUUUCCAGGAUCGAGGGUCUGCCAGCAGACGCUUAUGUCGUCAAUUGAGCAGCUCGAGGCAUCUCUUGAGAUGCUCAGUGAAUUGGGUUCUGAUGUCUCCCAAUACCCUUUCGAGACAUUGAAGACAAGACUGAGUGCAGCCAUGGAGUUUCACACAACUUGCAUUGAUGCGCUCGUGGAGACCAGUGCGCUUGAAUCCCACAUCGUCGAGACGAAGCAUCACACUGAGGAGCUCCUGAGUAAUGCAUUGGCAUUCGUUGAAGCUCUGUCCAUUUAUGGAUCCAACUUGCUAUCAUGGAAACAUUCCAAGGGCGCAAAUGCUGAUUCCAACUUGGAGGAUAAUUUCACUCCUAUUCAAAACUCUCGCGUAUUUGUGACAUCUUCAGAAGCAGAGAGUUCAACGAGCUACCCUAGCUGGAUGAGCAGUGAACAGCAGAAGUCCCUCUUCGCUGAUCUCCCAUCCGACGUUGUUGUUGCAAAGGACGGUUCGGGAAAAUACAAGUCCAUCCAAUCGGCAAUCAAGCAUGCACGGAAAAGUGGGAGUGCAACCGCAAAGCGCUACGUCAUUCGCAUCAAAGCUGGGGUGUACAAUGAGCAGGUCAUUGUGCCCCAAAACGCCACCAACUUCAUGUUCAUCGGUGACGGGGUUGGGAAAACCAUCUUAACUGGCGACAAGAGCGUCGGCAAAACCCCUGGGAUGACCACUUUCUUAUCGGCCUCUCUAAUUGUUGAAGGUCCAGGAUUCAUCGGCAAGGCCAUCACAGUUCGAAACACAGCAGGUGCGGACGGUUUCCAAGCUGUGGCAAUGCGAGUAAGUGCAGACAUGGCUGCAUUCUACGAUUGCGUCUUCGAUGGCUUCCAAGACACACUCUACACCCACACAUUCCGUCAAUACUACAGAGAUUUAACCGUUAUGGGUACCGUCGACUUCAUUUUCGGCAACGGCGCCGUCGCCUUCCAGAACUGCACCAUCAUCGCGAAGAAACCCCCUCUGGUUGGGCAACAAAACACGUACACGGCCCAGGGUAAGACCGAUCUCGGGCAAGCCACGGGCUUGUCGUUCCAGUCGUGCACAUUCGACGGCACGCCGGAGCUCAAAGCCAACAAAGCCACGUUCAAGACCUACCUCGGCCGACCGUGGAAGCCAUACUCGACCCACGUGAACCUCAAGUGCAACUUGAUGGAGCACAUCGACCCAGAAGGCUGGUUGCCAUGGAACACAUCCGAUUAUGGCCUCAAAACGUCGUUCUUCGCGGAGUGGCAAGACUUCGGCCCCGGGGCCAACACUGCGAAGCGCGUAUGGUGGUCGAAACAGAUUACAGACAAAAGUGUAGCGCAGAAGUAUCAGGCAGUGCCGUUCACGCAAGCUGACAAGUGGGUUCCAGCUACUAGCAUUCCUCUCACGCGAGACCUGCCUUAGAUGGACUUGUGGCACGAAAUUGUGGCCAUCAUGCUACUCUUGGUUAGAGUCGCUGACAUGCCGCUGCAGUUAUCUAUCUGUCCGAAAACAAAAACGGGGCAGCUAACUUAGGCAGUAUCGCUGGCUGUACUGUGCGGCUGCUAUUGUAACGGUGCCGAUGCACUGCGGCUGCUGUAAUACUACCACGAUGUGUGCACAACCUUGUGUUGGCUUCAGAAUUAA